CCAAGCUUAGACCAAUUAAAUUGUAUUCAAUAUGAAACCAGUCCUCUGUACUUAACACCAUUCAUUCCUUGGACACGUGAUACUCAUUAGACUUUGGUUGCGUACUUUUUUCCCAUCAAAACUCAAUUUUCACUCAAAGCAUUAAAAGCCCCUUUUUUCUUAUUGUCGCCGAUUCUAUCUUUGGUCUGAAGAUUCCAUAUCAUGUUAUUUUGGUGUUCGUUUUUACUUUAGGAUUGGGAUUUUGGAUGGUUGUGAAUUUUGAAGCCGGCGUUAGUGAAGGUGUAAGAUAUGGAGGACCAGGAGUCUUUAUUGGGUCAUCGGUCGAAUGAAAGGUCGGGCGCAAGCAGUAUUGCUAAUGCAUACCAAUAUGCUUAUCGACGAACAGGUUGUUGGAGAGCAUCUUUGAUUGUACCUUGCUUAUUUUUAGCUACACUUUUUCUGACUCCAUUAUACAUGAUGAAUAACAAAGUACAACCAAAAACUAGACAUAUGGAGUUCAGAAAUGUAGUAGGAUAUUUUCUACAAGAUGAUCAGAAUACGAAUUCGGAGACCUUCAAUUACACUGAGUCGAACUUUGGGUUAAAAGAUCGUGUGUAUGACACGGAUGCAGAAUUUGACCUGGAGAGGCAGAAGACUCAAUGGGAAAGAUUUGAGAAUCAUGUUGUGAAACUCAACAAUCAAACUCCCAAGAAUGUUCAGUAUAAAGUUCUUUACUUGGGGCGUCAUGGAGAAGGUUAUCAUAAUAUAAAAGAGACUGAGGUUGGAAAAGAAGCAUGGGAUUGUUACUAUUCUCACUUGGAUGGAGAUGAAAAUUCUACCUGGGCCGAUGCUCAUCUUGCUCCCACUGGUGUUGCCCAAGCUCUGGUGGCCAACGACUUCUGGGAGAAACUAAUCACUACACAAAAGGCAUCUCCACCACAAUCCUAUUACGUCUCACCCCUGACACGUUGUCUUGAAACAUGUUCCCUUACAUUCAGCAAUCUACCACUUCCGCCCGCCUCCCCUCCAUUCACCCCCAUUAUCAAAGAACUUCUCCGUGAAGGUAUCUCCUCUCAUACUUGCGAUCGACGCCGAUCGAAAACUUAUAUUCAUGCUCUCGCCCCUACUUGGAAAUUUGAAUCCAAUUUCCCAGAAGAAGAUCCCUAUUGGCGCGCCAAUUACUCAGAAACUCACGAGACAGAGAAUAGAAGAUUCAAAGCUCUCCUGGAUGAUUUAUUCACGAAUGAUAAUAGUACAUUCAUUUCACUCAGUUCCCAUUCCGGAGCUAUCAACACUAUCUUACGAGUUAUCGGCCAUAGAACAUUCUCCUUGAAGACAGGAGCUGUGAUUCCAGUCUUGAUUAAAUCACAGAGUGUAAUGGGAGAAGACCCAAACCCAAUCUACAAAGGUCCAGAGUUUGCGAAAGAUCCGAAAGUGUGUUCAGCGCCUCCACUACCAUCUGAUACUCCAAAGCCAGUAAAUGAUAUCGGCCUCCAAAACCCUGAGGACGCCAUUCCUCCCCCACCACAGCCUCCAGCUCCGGAGCCAGCUACUCCCGCCGAGCCAAACCCUCCCACGGAUCCAUUACCUCCCGCAAAUCCAAACCCUCCCGCCGAACCACUUCCUCCUGCUGAGCCAAACCCCCCUACCAACCCAGCACCACCCAUAGAUCCCGCAAACCCAGCAACAGUGGAAACGAAUCCUCCUCCCGCCGAAGAAAUACCUUCUCAAAAUGACGAGGUAAAUCCUCCAGUCGAAGCAGCUCCACCCACAGAUAUAGCUGUGAACCCACCCACCGACCCAAUCCCACCCCCAUCAAAUAACCCACCAACCAAUCCCCCAAUCGAAGCAAACCCUCCCAUCAACGCAGCUACCCCACCAAAUGAAUCUCUCGAGGUCGCCAAGCCCGACCCCAUACUACCCGCUGACCCAGCACCACCUAUUUCAGGAGAACUUGGCACUGGUGAUGGAGUACCUUUGUAGUUCUAGUUUCUUAUUCUCUUAAACAAAUACUUAUUUUUCAAACCAACGGAAAUCUCUGUUUCUCGUCAUGAUGUGGUGUGAUGAUAGUGUAGUAGUACUGUGAUUUUAUAGGAAAAUGGAUUUUGGCGCUUUGCGUUUUGCGAUGGAUUGAGUGGGAAACUUAUGUAUGGAAUAUAGAAUAUAGAUGCGUAAAGCAUUCUCGUGAUAUCAUUCUUCGAUAUAGCUACAUCAGAAUUUUAGCAAGGGCAUACUAGGACUCAAGGAUCAAGCUAUUCUAUAUUUUUGAUCUUUCACAAGCCAAUUUGAUUUACAAUUCAAAGAAAC